UCCAAAGACGCCGCUCGACCCGCGUCGCGCAUGGUGCUGCCAGGGAGAGCCAUGGCCACUUUCCGCUUGGCCCUCAUUCAACUUCACGUUUCUUCCAUCAAAUCCGAUAAUCUCACUCGAGCUUGUGGCCUUGUCCGGAAGGCAGCCACACAAGGAGCAAACAUAGUUUCUCUGCCAGAAUGCUUUAAUUCUCCCUAUGGCACAAACUAUUUUCCUGAAUAUGCAGAGAAAAUUCCCGGUGAAUCCACACAGAAGCUUUCAGAAGUAGCAAAGGAGUGCAGCAUAUAUCUCAUUGGAGGUUCCAUUCCUGAAGAGGAUUCUGGGAAAUUAUAUAACACCUGUGCCGUGUUUGGGCCUGAUGGAGAUUUACUGGUAAAGCACAGAAAGCUCCAUCUGUUUGACAUCGAUGUUCCUGGGAAAAUCACAUUUCAAGAAUCUAAAACAUUGAGUCCUGGUGAUAGUUUCUCCACAUUUGAGACUCCUUACUGCAGAGUGGGCCUGGGCAUCUGCUAUGACAUUCGCUUUGCAGAGCUUGCACAAGUCUACGCGCAGAAAGGCUGCCAGCUGUUGGUGUAUCCUGGAGCUUUUAAUCUGACCACGGGACCAGCUCACUGGGAGUUGCUUCAGCGAGGCCGGGCUGUUGAUAAUCAGGUGUAUGUGGCCACGGCAUCUCCUGCUCGAGAUGACAAAGCCUCCUAUGUUGCCUGGGGACACAGCACUGUCGUGAGUCCUUGGGGGGAGGUCCUGGCCAAAGCCGGCACUGAAGAAACGAUCGUGUAUUCAGACAUAGACUUGAAGAAGGUGGCUGAAAUACGCCAGCAAAUCCCCAUUUUUAGCCAGAAGCGAUCAGACCUCUAUGCAGUGGAGGCAAAAAAGCCCUAAGGUUUAUAUUUCCAACGUGUCACAAAGUGGGAAAGGAAAGAGAAAGAAACAUCAAUGUGUGAGCAAAACAUUGAUCAGCUGCCUCCUGCAUGCCUGUCCCCUUGGGGAUUGACCUCUCAGCUCAGGCAUGUGCCCUGACUGGGAAUUGAACCAGUGACCUUUCAGUGCAUGGGAUAACUGAGCCACACUGGCCAGGGCAAAAGAGUUUUUCAUAAUAGGAGUAAGUGUCUGAAAGUCUCUUUUUUUGUGUGUUUUUCUUCCUAGUAAUACUUUGUACCUUGAUAAAGGUAAAUUUUUAGCCUAGUGGGUCUCAGAAUUCUUUUGCACAGUUAAAAAUUAAGAAUUUCAAUGAGUUGUUGUUUAUGUAUAUUAUAGUUGGCAGUGGGCUGGCAGAUGUUUAACAACCAGCUCUCCAAGAAAAACCCCUGAUUUUGUGGUAGCAUUUACCAGUUUUUGUGGUGUAAAUACUUCCACCAUGGCCAGGUUUCUUUUAUCAAUAUGGCACCUCUACACACAGAAGUGGAAAUAGGUGUGCACCAUCUGACACAUGUCUGCAUCCAUGAAAUCCCUUUAAUCAAGAUAAUGAAGAUACCCACCACCCCUAAAAGUUUCCUUGUUCUCUUUAUAAUUCCUCUCGCUAGUCCUGUCGUUCCCAGGCAGUCACUGAUUGGCUUUCUCACUGUAGAUUAGUUUGAAUUUCCUAGAAUUAUGUAAAAAUGGACCCAUACCAUAUAUGUACUUUUUAAUUUGUUGUUCAUCAUCAUUUUGAGAUUUAUCCAAGUGUGUGCAUCAGUAAUUCCUUUUUUAUUAUUGAAUAAUAGUCUGUUGUAUGGAUAUACCAUCAUUUCUCCACCUGUGGAUAAGCUUUUGAGUUUCCAGUUUUUGGCUA